AUGUAUCUUCAGUAUCCCUCUACAGUUGAACUAGAAGUUGUCCAGCCAUCUGAACUAGAAAUGCCAGCAUUCACAGUUUGCAAUAUAAACGAAAUUCGUUCCAACCUAUACUGUGAAAGUUAUCCCGAAAAAUGUGGAAAUCCGGAUUCAGAUCCAAAUUUUUGUGACAGAUUCGCAGAGUAUUGCAGACUUGGGAAUACUACACGACAACUACCAUUAUAUCGCGCAGCAGAAUUCCGACACCUUUCUAGGUACGAACAACAACGAUUGGGUCAUGAAUUCGGAAGCUUAGUUAGAAGAUGUGCCAUUGAAACGGACGGCGAAGAAAACAACUGUACAUCUACUCCAAUACUCAUUCCUGCACUUAGUUUUUCAUAUGAAAUUCCUUUCAAUUGUUACAUGAUGUAUUCUUUGCACAAAAAGCCAAAUGAAACCCCUAAAGUGGUUCCAAUAUCGACAAAGAUUCAUUUAGACUUGGAUUUAGAAGUUUCUGAGUACCAUCCAUCCCAUCUGUCCAGAGGCGCUCAGUUAAGCAUCCAUUCGCCGUACCACGUACCCUCCCCAGUUGGAGAAGGACUCUUCCUCAAUAUGGGCACCGUGUACCGAAUUUACGUAAGAUUGGCUGAGAAGAUUCUACUGCCGCAACCAUUCAAAAGCAAUUGCACCGAAUAUGAAUCACAAUGGAGACAGAAUGGAGGCACUGGUCCUGUGACCGAAAAGAUGUGCAAAGAAAAAUGUAGAUUGGAAAAGUCUUUAUUUCUCUUCGGAUGUGCUGAACGAAGAAUCGAUUAUCCUCACAACGAAACAAUUUGUCUCGAGCCUAUCAGCAAUUUCGCAAAAGAAACCAGAUUCGAAUGUGCUAAAAGUUGUUCAUCACCUUGCAAGAUGAGAAGAUAUGAACUUCAAGUACAAGAAGCUGAUAGCGAAGGAAGUAGGAAAAGCUGUGUGUCCACAAAUGAUCUAUCAUGUGCUACACUUGUUCACAUACACUUCGAAAACCUAGAAAUUACAACUUUUACCUACAAACCACGAUUUGAGCCGAUCGGUAUCUUGAGCUUCAUUGGCGGCUACGUGGGCUUGUGGCUGGGCAUAUCCUUCCUCACCGUGUACGAUUUCCUGGAGACCAGAAUUUUCCGCUUAGCAGCGACUCUGAAGCGGAAGUGGAAGAUGAAAAAGGGGAAGAACCGGGUAUCUACGGCGGCUGUGCAUCUGUCUGACAAAAGAAAAAACUCUCCUAUCCGGGCUCUCACUUCCAAACAAUCCAAAUACAAGCAUAUAGUAUUUGGAAAAAACAACGCGAACGACCAACACACUAUCUUUUGA